AUGCAUACUGGUGGAACAAGCGAAGGCAUGGACGUCUUGUCCAAGCGACGAGCCCAGUUCGCUGGUCCCUCAGGUGUCAAAGGUCUUAUUCAGAACUCGAGAAUCUUUGCUCUUGCUGUCUUUGCCUCUCUCGGUGGUUUCGUCUAUGGAUACAACCAAGGAAUGUUCGGACAGGUUCUGAACAUGGCAUCCUUCAACAGAACAGUCAACCCAGAAUCCAUCAAAAACACUACUACUAGAGGUCUCCUGACUGCCAUCCUCGAACUCGGAGCAUGGGUGGGUGUACUGAUCAACGGAUACAACGCCGACAAGUUCGGUCGUAAGAUCGCCACUCAGAUUGGUGUUGUUAUCUUCAUGGUCGGUGUCAUCGUUCAAGCAUGCGCUAAGAAUGUCGACUACAUUUACGGUGGUCGUUUCGUCACUGGUCUUGGUGUCGGUAUCCUGUCCAUGAUUGUUCCUCUCUACAAUGCUGAGCUCGCACCUGCUGAGAUCAGAGGUUCGCUUGUCUCGCUCCAGCAGCUCGCUAUCUGUACUGGUAUUAUGAUCAGUUACUGGAUUGGAUACGGCACAAACUACAUUGGCGGCACUGGUGCUGGCCAGUCUGAUGCUGCAUGGCUGGUUCCUAUCUGCAUUCAGCUCUUGCCUGCUAUCAUCCUCGGUGUCGGUAUCAUUUGGCUUCCCCAAAGUCCCCGCUGGCUCGUAACCAAAGAUCGUGAGGGCCAGGCUUUGGACGUCCUUGCCGAGAUCAGAAGAGCACCCAAGGACAGCGAGAUUGUACAGCUUGAAUUCCUCGAGAUCAAGGCCCAGCACAUGUUUGAGGUCGACAGAUCAAGAGCAAAGUUCCCUCAGUUCCAGUCUGGAAGCUUUAUGGACAACCUCAAGCUCGGCUUCUACGAUUACGCUUCUUUGUUCACCAACAAAUCUCUGCGCAAGAGAGUCUUCGUCGCCAUCUUCACCAUGGUCUUCCAGCAAUGGUCUGGUAUCAACGCCAUUCUGUACUAUGCCGCUUUCAUCUUCCAGGACCUGGGUUUGACUGGCAACACAACCUCGCUUUUGGCUAGUGGUGUUGGUGGUAUCUUGCUCAUGCUCGCAACCAUUCCUGCCGUCCUCUACAUUGAUCAGCUUGGUCGUAAGCCUGUUCUCAUCGCUGGUGCCAUUGGUAUGGGUAUCUCGCACAUCAUUGUCGCUGCUCUGUACGGCGCCUUUGGACCCACGAGCUGGAGAGGUCACUCAGCCGCUGGUUGGGUCGCCGUCGUCUUUGUUUGGAUCUACCAAAUCAACUUCGGAUACUCUUGGGGACCUGGUGCAUGGGUCCUCGUCGCUGAAGUCUUCCCCCUCGGUGUCAGAGCUAAGGGUAUCUCUAUCGGUGCCUCGUCCAACUGGCUCAACAACUUCGCUAUCGGCCAGGCCACUCCCGACAUGGUCAAAUCCAUGAACUACGGCACCUUCAUCUUCUUCGGUAUCAUCUGUUUCCUCGCCGCCGCCUUCAUCUUCUUCAUGGUUCCCGAGACCAAGGGUCUUACCCUCGAAGAGAUGGACGAGAUCUUUGGUGAUGAGGCUGGUAACGCUGCCGACGACCGCGCCAGACUCGACAGAAUCUACACCGAGCUUGGUCUUAUGGAUGGAGGUGAUGCCGCCAUGAACAACGAGAAGUUGAACAACGCCGAGAAGAUUGCCAACAUUGAUAUUAUGAGCGCUGGAGGUUACAAGCCCUCCUUUGGUGGUCACACCAACUAG